CUCUCCCCCUUCACGAUGCACCGAAAAUAUUUCCGGAAGUGCAUACACGAUCCCACGGUGAAUGUACCUAUUUUCGGAUCCCGGGUAGCGCCGAUGAGGGAGCGCCGUCGCGAUUUUCGUGAGCCUCUCGUAUGCACUGGCAUCGCCGUCGUUCCGUCGAUGCAACACGGUAUCGUCUUCGGCUUCCCACUCCGUUUCCGGCCGGUGCGUCGGCACUUCCGGCCGCCGGCGACGACGACGACGCGGUGCAUUUCAUCGCACCUCGUCGCCGGGCCGCCGCAUUCGCGCGCGACUGUUCCAGUCGGACGGAGUCUUCGCGGCGGCGUCGUCGCAAACGCACCGUCACUAAUCUCGCUCUUCCGUUUUUUCUUUGCACAGCCCGCCAAAAUGGUCUGGAUCACCGUCGACGAUCAGAUGGCUGGCAAACCAAACACCCAGGCGUUGUAUGCUCAGAGUCAGCUGGAUCACAUGUGUGCCCUGGACAUCGAUAGUCGGGUGUCCUUCGUUCGCCUAUCCGGCAUCAUCUGUACAAUUGGUCCCGCGUCCAGGUCUGUGGAGACUCUAGAGAAGAUGAUCGAGACGGGGAUGAACAUCGCCCGAUUGAACUUUUCUCACGGUUCUCACGAGUAUCAUGCGGAGACCAUCGCCAACGUUCGCCAGGCACAAAAGAAUCUGGCUGCCCGCGCUGGCCUUAACAUUCCCGUCGCCAUCGCUCUCGAUACGAAAGGUCCUGAGAUCCGUACUGGUCUCCUAGAAGGCGGUGGUUCGGCUGAGGUUGAACUAGUCAAGGGUCAAACUUUUAAAUUGUCCACGGACAAGGCAUACAUGGAGAAAGGAAACGCCCAAGUUGUCUACGUUGACUAUGACAAUAUUGCGAAGGUCUUGAAAGCGGGAAACCGCGUAUUCGUGGACGACGGGUUGAUCUCUCUCAUCGUCUCCGCCAUCAGUCCUAAUUUAAUCUCGACUACUGUUGAAAAUGGCGGUAUGUUGGGCUCCCGCAAAGGCGUGAAUUUACCGGGGGUGCCGGUAGAUCUUCCAGCAGUGUCCGAAAAGGACAAGUCCGAUCUUCAGUUUGGCGUCGAGCAGGAAGUCGACAUUAUAUUCGCCUCCUUCAUCAGGAACGCUGCCGCGUUAACCGAGAUUCGCGGAAUUCUCGGCGAGAAAGGUAAAAAUAUCAAAGUCAUAUCGAAGAUCGAGAACCAGCAAGGUAUGACGAAUCUGGACGAGAUCAUCGACGCGUCUGAUGGUAUCAUGGUGGCGCGUGGUGAUCUGGGAAUAGAGAUACCGCCGCAGAAGGUGUUCCUGGCGCAGAAGUCUAUGAUCAGUAGAUGCAAUAAGGUCGGCAAGCCCGUAAUCUGCGCCACGCAGAUGCUGGAAUCCAUGGUGAAGAAACCACGCGCCACGAGAGCCGAAACGUCGGACGUUGCCAAUGCCAUUCUGGAUGGUGCCGAUUGCGUCAUGUUAUCAGGUGAAACCGCGAAAGGAGAUUAUCCCCUGGAAUGUGUUCGCACGAUGGCCAACAUUUGUAAGGAAGCGGAGGCAGCGAUUUGGCAAACCCAAAUUUUCCACGACCUGUCGAACAAAGCUUUACCGCCUAUCGACGCGACGCACGCCGUUGCCAUCGCCUCUGUCGAAGCAUCUGUUAAAUGUUUGGCUAGUGCUAUCAUCGUUAUCACGACGUCUGGUCGAUCCGCACAUCUGAUCGCGAAAUACAGGCCCCGUUGCCCAAUUAUUGCUGUUACCAGGUUCCAUCAAGUUGCUCGACAGGCACACUUGUACCGCGGAAUAUUGCCGUUAUAUUAUGAAGAAGCACCAUUAGCUGAUUGGGUAAAGGACGUGGACGUGCGCGUACAAUAUGGCCUGAACUUUGGCAAGAGUCGCGGCUUCGUAAAAACUGGUGAUUCUGUGAUAGUCGUGACAGGAUGGCGACAGGGCUCAGGUUUCACGAAUACCCUUCGCAUCGUGUACGUAGAACGAGAAUUUAUCAGGGAAGAUCCCAUUGGCGACAUUUAUAGUGACACCGAUUCCUACGAAGACCUUUAAUGUCAACCUAUUGCAUAAUGUCCUACUUCACCCAUCUCCUUACCUACCUUUUAAUUUAUCCUAAUAAUAAUCUAAGAUACGAACUUUAAUAUUAACUUUAAUAUUAUUAAAUAUUAACAUCACCUAUUACUGUAUAUUCACAAUAUUUAAGAAAAUCGCCUUAAGAAGUGAAUUAAUAUAAUUAAAUCCACGAUUUUUAUGUCAUAAAAGAGAGAUCUAUAAAUAUACAUAUUUGAAAUAUACGUAAUAUGCUUCAUGUUGCAA